AUGUUUAAUUCCACAACACAACUUGCGAAUCAAUUACCUGUUUUUAAAAGUCAAAACUAUUCAGAAUUGAAGGAUUAUUAGGAUUUCUUAAAAUUAAUAUAGAAAUUUCACAUUUAAAAAUUCAUGUUAAAAAGUAAAGAAUAAUUAUAUCACUAUUUAACUAAUUAGUGUUAAAUUUAAAACUAUAAUUCUUAAUCAGAUUCAGAUGGAGAAUCUAGUUAUGAAAAUUAAGGAUCUGGAUAAUAAACAGAGGAUAUGUCUAGAAAUAAAAUAAAAAAUAAAUCUGAUAAAAUUCUAGCUAAAUAAUAAGAUAUUCUUGAAAAAUAAUAUCCUCAAAUAUAAAUUGAAGAUUUUAAUUAAAAAAAUUAAUCUCUAUAAAUUAAAAAAAUUGAUAAUCAUAAAAAAGAAUAAAAUUUUAAAAGAGCUAAUUCAUAAAAUAAUGAGAUUUUAGAGAAAUUGAAAUCUAUUCCUUUGAUAUAAGAUUUUGAUGAUGAAGAUAUUAGAUAAAUGGUAAAUGAUUUUUAGUAGGAAGAUAAAAAAUAAUCUAAAUAAAGCAAAAAUUCAUAGAUUUGUAAGGAUACUAUGAUGAGAGAUGAUUAUUAAUAUAAAUGGCCAUAAUGUAGAAUAAGAAUAUUAUAAGCUUUGACAAUACUUAUUGAAAAAAAAGUUGUAGUCCCAAAAAUUCUAUAAGAUUUUAAGAUCCUAUAGAAAACUUAUAUUUAUUCAUUAUAUUUAAAAGAUUGUGAUGAUUUGGCUAAUUAAUUAUGGCAAAAAGUUGGUGAGAAUGUAAGUGCUGAUGAUUCAAUUAAAUAUUAUAGAACUAAUUAUAAUACAGAUUAAUUAGAAUUAAUUUUAGAAAUGGUAAAACUUGUAUAUGAGAAGAGAGAAUAACAUAGAGAAUAAAUAAUAGCAAUAUGUUCAGGAAUAAUAUUUUAAAAGAAAUUAAGAUAAUUAAAAGAUAAAGUAACAGCUAAAGCAAAAUGUGCAGAUAAAAAAUGUGAAUUAAUAAUUGUCUACUUAGAAAGAAUAAAUAAUUAUGUAUUAACUGGACCAAUUAUAAAUAAAUAUUAACAUGGCAAUUGUAGUGAAGCAUAACUAUUGCAUCAAAAAAUAAUUAAGAAAGCAGCUAAAACACUAUUAUUUUCUGCUGUAUAGCUUGAUGUACCAAUUCCUGAAGUACUUCAAUACUUAUCUCUAAGAAAAAGCAGAUAUAAUGUAUAAGAUAGACCAGAAGAAUAAGGAAUAUAUAUAUUACCAAGUGUAGAGUUAGUGAAAUUGAUUGUUGACAAAUAAGGUAUGGAAGCAAUAGCUUAAUAAUUAAAGAUGAAUGAUUUUGACUAUUUAGAUUUUAAAGGUCUUGAUUAAUUAAAUUUUGAGCAUUCUAAUAAGAAUAUUGAAGAUAGAGAUGAAACAGUUUUGUAUUCAGUACUUUAAUUAGUAUUAGAUAGAAUAGAUGAAUUGGAUUAAUUGAGUUUUGUUGUUAAUGAUAGAAAAUUCAAAGCUUUGUAAUCAAAACUUAAUGAAUUAUAUAAGGAUGAAGUAUUUGGAGAACCAAAUUAAUAAUAAGAUAUUCCUUAAUAUGUUGGAAGUGUUAUGAAUAAGGUGGAAUCCUAUAUUAAAUAGUCUAAGUCAUAAGAGAGAGGUAAGAUAAAAUUAUGUUGUAUAAAAACAAAAUUCUUUGAUUCAGAGAUUAUAGUAAAAUAAAAUAAUGAAGAUUUAACAAUAGAAUAAUUAGAAUUUUGUAAACAAUUAUUCAUUUUGUUUUUAUCAGAAAUAUCUAGUAAAGACAUAGCAUUUCCUGAGAUUUUGAGAUAUUUUAAAUUUGUUGAUGGUAGAUUAUUCUUUGAAUUUAAUUAAAAAUUGAUAGGAAUUAUGUUAUUAUGUAAAGCUAUAAGAUAAUAUUUCAUUUCAUGUAUGUAAAUGGAUGGAGAAUUUGAAAAAGAAAUAAUAGAUGAUAAUAAAAUAAUGAUUAAUUCAGUUCCAUUAUUAAAAUUAAUAAUAAAAGAUGAAUUCUUACCUGAAAUAUCUGAAAUAUUUACAAAAUAGAUUUCUAUUUUAUGUCAUAAUAAAGAAGAUUUACACUUAGAUAUAUAGGAAUUAUUUAAAUAUUAACCUAUUUGUGAUAUGAUUAAAUUAUAGGUAAUAGAUGAUGAAUAUGAAGAUGCAAUCUUAGAUUUAAAAUGUUUAUACAAGUAUAUUACUGAAUAAAAUACUUAUUCAGAAUGA